CUGGCGCUGAUGUCAUUGUGCGUGAUGAUGUUCACAACGCUCCAAAUGAUGGUGUCAUUCGAACGCUGCGUGGAGUAUACAGAACUAGAUCCCGAGGCCGAAAACGCCACAACGCCUGAAAACUCUGAGGAUAUGGUUGGCUCAAAUAUUCCUGAUGCGUGGCCGUCACGUGGAAAGCUUGAGUUCCAGGGCUACUCAGGAUCCUACAGAGUCGGUGUAUCUCCUAAUGUGCUAAACAACCUCACAUUUGCCGUGAAUCCUAUGGAAAAGGUGGGUAUUGUCGGUCGAACAGGAGCGGGCAAGUCUUCCCUCGUGCUCGCUCUACUGCGGAUGCUCACAACUUCUCAAGGCCGAAUUCUCAUCGAUGACGUCGAUAUCUCCGAUGUGCCACUGAAGAGGCUCCGCAGCGCAAUAACAGUAAUACCGCAGGAUCCGAGCUUGGUGCGGGGCACUCUGAGAGUCAACCUAGACCCGACGGGGUCGCACUCAGACGAGCAACUGCGGGAGGCGCUGCACCAGGCCCACCUGACAUCCAUGGUUGUCCGUCACCCAGCUGGCUUGCAGAUGGAGACUGCAGAUGGAGGCACUAAUUUAAGCGUGGGCCAGCGGCAGCUGGUGUGCCUCGCACGCGCCCUUCUGCGUGGAUCCAGGAUCAUUCUGCUCGACGAGGCCACGUCGCAGAUGGACGGCGACACGGACAAGCUCAUACAGAGGACGCUGAGGGAGGCCUUCAUAAAGUGCACAGUGCUGGCUAUCGCUCAUCGCAUACACACCGUGCUAGACUAUGACAGAAUACUCGUUUUAGAAGAUGGAAGAGUGAAGGAGUACGGAACUCCCGCCACAUUGUUGUCCGAUUACAACUCUCGUUUUUACAAGAUGGCCGCGGAUGCAGGAAUCACCGCCGCCCUACCAUUCCUGCCGAGUGCUUCUACCCAUCUGUAAUCGAUCGCGGAAAAUAUAUGAAGUUUUCUUAGAAAAUGUGUGGAGUGAAGUCAAAGCAGAUUAGUAGGACAAACUGUUCCUGAUACAGUCGCUCUGUGACUUUUUUUUCUAUUUUCUGUCUUGAUUGGAAGCUUGCUGGUUCAGUUUCGCUCUCUGUUUUAUUUGUCAGGCUUACCGUAGAAUCAUGUUUCGCCGUUAACGCGACAAUAUUAAACAGCAUAACCGAUAGCUUUUCAUGUGCACGAUGUAAAAAUCAAGAGAGUUUUAUUAACUUAACGUAGGAGCCACGAAUAAAAUCAAAGACCGAUUAUAAUACACACGUCAAAAACGGUAUAAUAUGUUUGUUUUAUAUGUUAUGACACAUACCUAGCUGCAAAAAAAAAAAAAAACUAUGUGUUGUAUGUUUUCAAGCAGCAUUUGAUCAAAAACGGGAGAUAAUGUAUUAUAUAUUUGGCGCUGACAAUAUCAGUGAGGCGCAGGUGUAUUAGAUCAUCAAAUUAUUAUCCACUUAUCUGCUGUCAGAUUAUCUUGUUAUUUCAGUAAUGGUGGUUUUUGACUAAUGGCUAUUGAGUAAUGGCUAGUAUAAUUGAUUACUGGCUGUUUAUCACACCUGAGUGAGUAAGUGUAACAGAGUAGGAUAAGGGGUCGAAAGGCAUUGGCGAAGCUCUUGCGCCUUCAAACAUCGCGUGACAGUCGCUACCAAGGACCAUCGGCCGUCUUA